AUUGUUCAUGUUGUGAAUUUUAUUUGCGUACUGUUUGUUCCUUUUUCUUGCUUGAUAUAUUUAAUAUUAAUAAAUGCCUUCGCAUAACUAGUAAAGACAUUUUUUAUAUUUAGUAUUUGCUCACUUUGUGGCAUUUAAUGUGAUUUUUAAAGUAUUUUACAAGGAAACACGUUACGGCAAUCAGAUUACAUAGUCCCUGUGUCCUGUUUAUUCGUGAUUUUUUAUGAUAUCGCAUGCAUCUAUGAAGCUACCUCCAGCCUGUAAUCACUGCCAACUAUUCCGCCCUACCGCUUGCUCAAUGACGUCAUGCUAGAUUUAAUACAAACAUUUAUGGAUAUCAAAACGCAUGAAGUAUUGGAAAGUUUCUGGCGUACGUGACAUCAGGACACAAUGAGUACUUCCCAAAGGCAAUCACGGAAAUCUCGUGCGUCCGCAGCUGAACUCGAAUCCACCUCUGAACUAAAUUUAAUUACCGCUUUACCAUCAGUGCCUAUACGGACAACACGUACAUCACGCUUAAGAGCGGCCGCUGCUAGCAAUUCCAACAAAAAGAAAUCUAACAGAAGUUCCUCCGUACAAUUACUAUUAGAAGAUGAUACGUCAAAGUCCGGUAAAAAUGCUAAAAUAAUAGAUAGAGAUAAGACCAAACAGUCUAAUAACAGACGCCAGAGUUGCGAGAAGGAAAAUAUAAGUGUAUCUCCGACAUUCCUAGAUAACGAUAUUGGUGCUAUUAAAACGAAACAUUCCAUUAGUAAAAAUAUUUUAGAAAAAGACAAAGAAAAAUGUAGCGUAUUAAUAAGUAGUCCUAAAGGAAAAGCUAUUGACUCGAAAUAUAAUUCUAAAAUAGAUGCAACGUUUAGAAGAAAUUUAGUGGCUGAAACGAGUGUAGUUAAUUGGAAAGAUGAGACGAAUGUCGAUGAAGUGUUCAAUGGUUUGCUGGAUAAAACUAGCAGCUUAGACAAGGAAGAAUUUGAUGUCUUGUUUAAAGACAUCGUAGAAUCAAAAGAAGUUGAUGUUGUCAAUGGCGAUGGACCGGUAUUACGUGAUUCUGAGCUCAAAUUUAGUAAUAAUGUUGAUAUUCCUAUUAUAAAUAAAGAAUUUAAUGACAUAUCUUGUGUGCAAAUAUGUAACGGUGAUGUGCCAAAAGUGAAUGAAGUUGGUUUAUUGGGGGCUGUGUGUGUGCGUAAAGUUGAAAGAUUUAGUGAGUUACUUAGUAAUUUAUGUUCUCCGCGGGAAGCAGAUGACUUAUUCGAACACUUAUUGACAGAAAAUGAGAUUCAUAGCAGUAGUAACCUGCGUGCGAAGGCGCCGGAAUGCACACCGCCAUGUCGACGAGCGCAACUGCCGUGGACCACCACGCCAGCCAAGCGUGUGCCGGAGUCCGCGCCCGUCAUCAACGGUGAUGGUAUCAUUACAAAAUCUAAGGAUCGCCGCUCUUUAGAAAAUCUUAAUUUCAAGACUGAGAGUAUCAAACCGUCUUCCAAAUCAUCCCCUAAAAAUCAUAUAAAUUUAACAUUUGUAAGCAAGCUUCCUUCAAAUAAAUUACAAACUAAUUUUUCUCCUACUAAAACUCCUGAAAGAAGACGCAGUUCUGAUAUUGGUACGAAGCCUAGUUUAAUACCACUAUCAAAGAGAAGUGCCGAGAAGAAAACGAGAAAUUCUGCAUCGCCAGUUAAGCCGGACCUGACGAAAGACAUCUCGCCAAAGUUAGACUGUACACCUUUAAAAUCCAGAAAUGAACGAAUAAAAGCCAGAACGCCACGCAAAAGCCCAGAAAAAGCAAAAAGUGACAUCGAAUCUGUUUGUGUAAAUGAUAAGUCACAUAGAGUUCAGAAAAGUCAUGAGAGUGUGACUGAAAAUAUUCAUAAUUCUAAAAAAAGACUGAUUAGUUUAGAUAAUUCUUCAAAAAAUACAAGAGAUGAAGAAAAUAAAAAAUUACUGCUAAAUAAUAUAGAUCCAAGUGAAACUAUUAAAACUCAUUCCGUUGAAAAUUGUUCAGACUUGGGUAAAAUGUCUACGUUACACGAAACGUUGCGACCACACGCGAGUUCAAGACUGUCGCAGGAAAUGGAUAAUCUAGCCGCAUUAACUAAACAAACAUUAGAUAGGGUUAACAAAUUAUCAAAUAACCUUAAUACGAACAAAUACAAUUUAGAUUCAAAUUCACCUGAGUCACAAUUUGAUCCCUUAUUCGCACCAACUUCCCAUCAAAAUAACCACACAUUUAAUUAUGGCCUUGUAUCACCACUAGACAAAUCGCCACAAAAUAGAACAGUCACAGAAAGAAAUAAAGACAUAGAUGCAGCUGCUCAGAGAUUAAUUGACUUUGAAAAGAAUAGUGCAAUGUUUUCUGAUCUCAAUGAUACCUCUAGUCAAAGUCGCCGCUUAGAUAAUACUUUGCCUUUACAUAACACACCUGUCUCUAUACUCAAAAGAAAAUCUAUUAAUGAAGAUAAUACAAGUACUAACAACACCAAUAAUUCUAUUGCUUCACCGCCAGUGACAUUCUCACCAAAUGUUGUAGAGCCGAGGAGUUGUCGCUCUGAAAGUCGACAGCGGCAAGGUAUUCUUAAGAAACGUCGAAGCUUAGACGAAUCACAAGUAGCAAGACGCCGAUCAUGUAGUCCCGAGGUUUCUUUUGCUGAAGACGAUUCUUCUGAUACAUGCAAACCAAUUUUGAAGAAUAGAAGAUCUUCCUUGGAAGAUGUUGUACGGAACCGAUCUCCAGAAGGGCAGAUUCACGGAAUUUUAAAAAGAAAAAUUAGUAAAGACGAAGAGUGUGUUAUAGAAGAUAUUUCACAUGGGUCCCCAGAACCGCACGGGAUCUUAAAGCGAAAAUCUAAUUCUAGUUCAAGUAGUAGUACAACUUCGUCUCACGUGUCUAUUGCACAAGCUGUACUUUUGGCAGCUGCAGGAGGAGCAGAGAUUAUAGACCAAGAUGAUAAAGACAUCGUACGCCCUAUAUUAAAGAAAAAAAGUUUUUCUGAAGAAAGGCCUUGUCUUGAAAUCACCCCUUGUGAUACUCCAAAACCGAUAUUGAAAAAAAAGUCAAUCGAGUAUGAAGAAUAUGAUUUAGAUCUUCCUAAAAAACCUAUUUUGAAAUCUUCGAAGAAGUUAUCUGGUGACGAAGGCCACGCUUCUAGUUUCGAUAUGAGCGAAGACGACAGAAGCUCCAGAAGGCCUUCACUACUUAGGUCGCGAACGUCAGACCAUUCUGGUUCAGAAUGUGAGGCGACUGUAAAGCCAAUUCUAAAACAGAGAGGCUCGAGUCUCACUAGGGAUCGUAGCCAAUCGCCGCGCUCGCGACUAUCGUUCUGUGCCGCCGGUGACGCAUCCCCAAACGCGACUAAUUUCAGUUGCGAACCGAUCGACUUGCCAGCGGCUGGACCGCGGCGUGUGCUAAAUCUUUCAACUCCACCGGAAGAAAGUUACCCUAGUGCAGUUGUGCGGCGAAGGAAUUUGCGACCAAAAGUCAGUCCUCGAUCUAUGAGUCUAGCCUGUGAUGUCAAUGAAGAAUUGCUUACUAUAUUAAGUAAUCGUAGACGUCAAGUAGACGAAAAUUUGGAGCCCAAAACUAGUGCCCAGGUGCAUAAAAACGAGACAAGUGAAAAAACACCGAAUGGUUUUCCAUCGAUAGCUUCUAGGAUUAAAGUGAUGGAGCUAGCUCUUACGAAAGACAAUUUUCUAAAAGAUCUGCCUUCAACUCAAAGAUCCAAAAAUAGAGACAAUGACAGAUACAAAACACAACCUGUGACAAUCGACGAGAUGCGCUCAAUAACAUCCAAUUUGGAGCCGGGCCAAGCGAGUUUUCAAGCGUUCAGUACAGCGCGCUGUAGUUUUCCCACCAGUUCCGACGAGGCCGGUUCUCCGUUUUCAACCAGAUCUAGAUAUAUUGAUGAAUCUGAGCGUGAUCCUUUUGUAGCCUUGACAUCACCUCCUUUCUGCAGCAGUGCUUUGAGUGCGAAUCCCGCAGUCCCUAGCCCGGAGUUGGUGAGUGCCAAAAACGAAAUUCUUGGUGAGGCCUUGUUUUUGGACUUUGAGAAACUCGCUGAAGAUGCUGAAGGCAAACAGUCUACCCUAGAUGAAAUAGAACAAGAGGUCAACAAAGUUCGCGAAGCACUAGAUGAGGAUAGCCGUGCUCUUGAAGAUGAGAGCAAUCAGGCGGAGGCGGAGAACUGGAGUCUAAACGUUUCCUGCGACAGUGGUGUGUACAAUCGUGCUUCGUCCAGAGAUUCCGGCCCCCACUCGGGGGAAGAAUUGGGAUUGAUUGAAAGUCAAGAUAUAAGAGAGAACCACGCUGUUAAUAGCAGCCAGGAGUGGUCAUCGUCUUCUAUAGAGCAAGGGCUAAUAAAUAUGAAUCGUGAAAGAAAAUCUACUGUGAAUGAAGCUUUAGAUAGUCCAGAUGAUGGCAGAAGCGAUGACGAGAACAAUUAUCAUUCUGGGUUCGCGCUGGGUUUGGUUAAGAGCAACAGUGUUGUGGCGCGUGCUUCUAUGUGGCAACAAUUACAGCAGCAAGCUAAAGGUAUUCCGAAACCGCUGAUACGUCAUGGCCUCCCUAAAGCGAAGAAUGGCCCCCCUGUUGCCGAGCGGCUUAAAUCACAAGCCAUUGGGAGCCCGUCACCAACGAACGAGUCAUCGCAGGAAGGCUUCUCCCUUUCUGAGUCCAAAAGCACUGCGAACGUGUUAGACAGGGACGAAGAUGCUAAGUUAGAUGAUGACGACCCGGCCAAAAUGUCACUCAUGGAAAAAAUGAAGAUGUUCAACUCCAAGUUGACUCACAAGCCGCCGUUGGCUGGAGUACCGAAGGCGAAAGAAGAAAGGACACCAAGAGCGUCCAGGCUAAGGACGAUGCCUGUUCUUUCCAGUCAAGUGCAGGAGGCGGUCGAGAAUAAUAAGCGACUAUCAAAAUCGCUGACUCAUGAAGAAGUACCGAGGAACCCCGACUUCAAGUUGAAGAUGGAGUUGUUUCGCUCGGCAAGCUCCAAAAACACGUCGUUAGAGUACCUUAUGAGGACGGACGCGAAGUUUAGAAGUUUAGACCUCGAGGAUGACUCGCCGACGGACCGAGCGCAGCGAAUGAUAACGCCUGAAGUGCGCGGAAUUUUGAAGUCGGGAUCCACUGUGGUGCCUUCCAAACCGAAGACCUUGGCGAAAGGUGAAAGCUCAGAGGGUCUAAAAGACGAAGGCAUCGACAGUUCAUCAGAAGACGAAUCGGCAUCAACGAGCGUCUCAUCAUCAGAGAAAAGUUGUUCUUCAUCAGACAGUUCAGAAGAAAUGCCUGGACCGAAAGCCAAGCGGUUCCAGCGGAAGAACAACAAACUUCGCUCAUCGAGAACCGAGUCAGACAUCAGUAAAUACCAGGAGACUUAUCGGAAGCUGCCUGGAGCUAAUGAGCUGAAAGAGCGAUUCAAUCAAAUGAAAAAUGUGGAUAAAACACCCAUGUUGGGCAAACUGGGUCGGAAACCAUCUGAAGUGAAAACCGAAGACGGUAAGCCCAAGAAUAUUGUGAAGAGAAUCGAGGCGCCGAUACAACUCGGGAAGCUGAGGCGGUCGGUGGAGAAGCCGGCUGAAGAAAAGCCGCCGCAGUUGGUGAUCUCAGCGGUGAAUAAAGCCGCGAAGAACAAGUUCUUCGGCGUGGAGGAGAAGAAAGAAAAGACGGUUGAUGAACUUGUGGCAGCUGUUAGAAAAUACAUUCCACCGGUUACGAAAUCUGUGACUACCCACAUGAUGGAAGGUGCUUCUGGCAGUGACGGCGAGAGCAGCGGUGGUCGAGAAGUGAGACAGAUAAACACCAGAGUGAGACAUAGGUUGGGUGGCGGACUUCAGCGAAGCGCCACACACUCGGAUAUGCCUCACAGGGGAGGCACCAUCGCUGAAAGACUGGCAGCCCUUCAGGCGGCCGGGGCGAACGACUGGCGGGCAAGGGUGUGCCGGCUGAGCCCCGAGCGAGACGACCCCAAAGCUAUCGAGAGAGCCAAGAAUAGAAUUAAUGAAUCCUUGAACGCAGCAGUUGAUGAUAAAAAGAAAGUGUAUAUAGACGAAAAUGAACUUGGGUCCAACAUACUUGCCGAUCGACGGAAUAAAUUAGAAACUGCAUCACAGGGAUGGAGAAAGCGCGUGCCGCAGAACGAUGCAACCACCUUCACAGUCGCCGGACGACUGGAGCGCGACCAAGUGGCAACGCCGCCCGCCACCCCCCCGCCUCUCAACACACCGCCUGCCUCAUCGCCCGUCAUCACAACCGCCGUGCCCGCGCCGAAUAGAUUUAGAUCUCGCAAAGCCCCAACGUCGCCCACGAACGGGUUCGCGUCUGGUCCACUCCGGUCUGCCUCGUGCGCGGUUAUGACGGCUGCUGCGAGCGAGACGUCUGACGCCAGGCUCCAGGAGUCCGCCAAGAUAGACCGCGAGUCAUUCAAGCGGAGCCACUCGGUCAGCGAGAGCAUCAGUCGACUUGAUGAAACGGAGGAAGUGUCAGGCAUAGAGAAGCCAGGUUGUCCCGUCAGUGUCCCCCGUGCUGAUGAUGAGACCUUCCACGCGUUCUUCGCACCACUACAGCAACAGGACAAGGCACUUACCAUCGACCUGGACAUAGACCUCGAUGCUAUCGACAGCGCCUCUAGACAGCUUUUGUCGAGUGAAUAUGCUCGCCGAGCGAAACGUGAGCGGCGUCACGUGUCGUCUCGCAAUCCGCUCAAGGCCCUCGCGGCGAGGACCGACCUGCGGCAGGAGUACAGUGGACACGCCCUCACCUUCAGAGACACCUUGUUUAAAGAGAAGGUGACAGCGAACUGUGGUCUAGCCGCAGAAGCGCUGGCUGCUCUAGCCAGCAAGGAGGACUUCUCCAACGUCGCGCUCCGGAGUGCUUCAGCUACCAACAUCCCAAGCCAUGGCACCAAGCCGCUGAUGCUCCUACAUGUCAAGGGCAGGAGGAGAGUUCAGACACGUCUUGUGGAACCGUCCCACGUCAACGUGAACCGUGGAGACUGUUUCCUGCUGAUCACGCCCGACCAACUCUAUCUCUACAUCGGACUGUACGCCAAUGUCAUCGAAAAAAAUCGCAGCACAGACAUCGCAAAUCAUAUAUUUAACACAAAAGACCUCGGCUGCAAAACUGCAAGUAGUAUCAUAAAAAUUGAUGAACAAAUAAAAAACUAUUCAAAAAAACAUUGGAACCAAUUUUGGACACUGCUCGGUAUCACGGAAAAUGUGGAAGAUUAUAGACCAGUAGAGACCGGCCCAGCAGAUGAAGACGAAAUAUUUGAGUCUUGUAUUGUUCAGACUAAUAUGUGCUAUGAAGUUAUUGAUGAUGAACUAGUCCCUAUUAAGGAAUAUUGGGGACAAGUACCAAGAAUUGCCAUGCUAAACCAAACUAAAGUCAUUGUAUUCGAUUUUGGCUCGGAAAUGUACAUUUGGUAUGGAAAAAAUGUGCCACUAGAAAGCAGAAGAAGAUCAGCCCAACUCGCGCAAGAAUUGUUCGACGAGGGUUAUAACUAUGAAGAGUGCCAUAUCAACCCAUUAAACGCAGCAGAGUAUCAAGGUGCUAGAAAAGAUACGAAGUCACCAGAAAAGUCAUCUACCAGUAGACCUGAUUGGGCAAUCCUGUCGAAGGUCACUCAGCACAUGGAAACCAUAUUGUUCAAAGAGAAAUUCCUGGACUGGCCCGAUUAUAGCAGAGUUAUUAAAGUCAAAACGCAGGAGUAUAAAUCUAGUGUAUUGGAAAUUAAUCCCUGCGACGCUGAAGAAAUGUGGUCCAACGAUUAUCAGGAGCCAGAUCUUGUUCUAGAAGGUUCUCAUAUUGGCCGGGGAACGAAUUACUACGACAAGGAUUCAAUGCGCCACUAUGAUAUCAAAACACAGUCGGUCUGCAAAUGGGUGAUCCAAGAGUACGAUUACCAGAAGGUUGAAAACGAUUCAGAGAUUAGCGAAUUUUUUUCGGGAGACAGCUAUAUUAUUAGAUGGGACUAUCAAAUAACAGUUUCUGGAAGAGAAUUGAACGGGAAACCGUCAAAACAUAAUGUUACAGGCAGAGAUCGCUGUGCGUAUUUCUGCUGGCAAGGAAAAGACGCAUCUUCUAACGAAAAAGGGGCAGCUGCACUUCUUACGGUCGAGUUAGACCGCGAGCAAGGUCCCCAAAUAAGAGUAGCGCAAGGAAAUGAACCCCCAGCAUUCCUCAACCUCUUUCAAGGAAAACUAGUCAUUCACCAAGGCAAGCGUUAUACAGACAAAAGUCGAUACAAACUUUAUGUUACCAGAGGCAAUGUUUCUAACGAGGCCUACCUUCUACAAGUUCCAUGCUCAGUCCGCCAAUUAAGAAGUCGAGCGUCCUUGAUUUUGGUCGAUUGUGAAAAGUCCGACUUAUACGUGUGGCACGGAGCGCGCAGUUUGAAACACACCAAGCAAAUAGCUGUCGAGCUUGCCAAUAAACUAGUCUCAAGAAAAUCGAAAUAUAUCUUUGGCGAUAAAGCCGACAACGUGAACGUGAUUGAGGUCAAAGAAGGCGAGGAACCUAAGGAAGUGCUAGAAGGGUUGGGCGUUGCCAAUAAGCAGCAUUAUAAUUCCGUAUUGAGCGCAGGCAGGGAAGCCGGCGGUGAUGUCACUCCCAGGUUGUUCCACUUUACAGACUUGAGUGGUCAGUUCGAGGCGAACGAGGUACUGUCACCGUUGCGCCAUGAGUCACUGGUUAUGCCGUUCCCGUUCGAACAGAAGGAGCUAUAUUCUGCAUCGCAACCUGCCCUAUUUCUAUUGGACGAUGGUAAAUGCGUGUGGCUCUGGCAAGGCUGGUGGCCAAAAGGCGAAGACGGCGAAAUUGAACAAGUGGAGAGGAACAACGGUGUCGGUGCGUUCGCGGGAAGAUGGCAAGCGCUGCGUGCGGCCGCGCUGCGCACUGCGGACGACUACUGGCGGGUGUCGCGGCCGAGUGUCCCCGACGUGCGAGUAGUUCUGGCCGGUCUGGAGCCGCACGCCUUCAUCGCCCUCUUCGACACCUGGGAGGAACACGACGAGGCUGCUGACGCCAAUAUAGCGCGCGGCUACCGGCCCGGCGAGGCGGUCAGGUCCUCGCUGGAGCUGUCCCGGGUGAGUGCCAGCACCGCGCUGCUGCCCCUGGCGGCUCUGCAGCGACGACCGCUGCCCGACCUCGUGGACCCUCACCACCUCGAACGACAUCUGUCUUCGCCGGACUUUAUGGAGGCCUUUGGCAUGACCAAAGACGAGUUCGGUGUACUGCCGGCCUGGAAGCAGACCAACAUGAAAAAAGACAUUGGCCUGUUUUGAUCCGGCGGCCUCUUGGUUGAGUGUUCGCCUGAUCUCAUGCCCUUUGUUGCCGCUGGCUAACGGCACUCAGUUCUGUUGCUGUCAUCUAUUUGUCGCACGAAUUGUUUUGAUACUAAUUCUUACUCGUAAAUUCCCAUUUUUUUAUAGAUUAAUAGGGUAUGAUGAAAGUCUUUAUCUUCCAAUUAAUAUUGCGAAACCUUUUUAUAUAUCUUUUGAAAUUUAGAAAUAUGUUCGUUGCAGUAAUGAAUGAAUGAAUGUGUCGACAAAUAGCGUGAAGCAACAGCCCGUGCGAGCACACAAUACUUAUGCUAGACGUAUCAAAAUAAACAUUAGAUUAGCAUAGAAUUUUGUACAACAACAGUUAUUUCAUACUUUUUAUACGUAACGGAAGGAUUUGAUACAAUAGUGUUAAGGGCACGCUUUAAAAUUUUAUAGCAACUAUUUAAUAAUGUUAUCGUGAUUUUUAUACUAACCGAAUAUAUUUGUUGUAUGUAUUCGCUCCCGUGAUAAUAUUUUCAUGUAACGCCGCAGUAGGCGCGUAGUCGAUGGAUUUGGAUGGUAAGGAAUUGUUUGAAGAUAUUAUAUUGUCGCAUCCAUAGCAUGAUUUCACUCAUCUCUUUUUGUGUAUAUAGUUGUUUUUGUUUAUUUAUUUUUAACGUUUCAUUUUAAUGUUUCUAAUAAGUUAUUUUAACGCACUGUUUGUACGUAAUAUUAAUUUUGUAACGUUAUAUUAGUUUUGUAGAUAUUUAACCGCGUUAGAAAUGCAUGGAUAUGACAAUGACGGCGAAGCGUGAAGUGAUAUUUUUGUAACGCGCGCCAUAUUGUCAAUUGUGGCAUGCGACUUGUGAUGUUUGACAAUGUCGUUACGAAUUUGUGUAGGUUUAAUGUAUCUGGUCACCGUUUGGAUAAGGAUUGUAAAUCUAUUGAUAGAAGGAACACAUAUACGCUUAGGGUAGGUUUUUAUAAUCUGCAACGGCGUAAUAUUUGUGCGAACACUUGCGAACUAAACGUUUUCACAAUUAUUUUUGACACACCUAAAGGAUUUGAAUUUUGAAUCGUUAUGUUAAUAUCAGUUCGUACAAGUAUUCGCAAUAGCACACAUCACAUAUCUAUUCAUCAGCUUGUAGGUAUUUCAUAUCGCGUGGUAAGAGGACCAGUCAUUGUUGAACUUUUGAAUAAAUUUGUACUCUUUCCCAUUUGUGUAGUUAAAACUGACAAUUGUUGUGAAUUAUAUUGACUACUAGAUACACUCAGACUUCAAUUGAUACAGCGAAUGUAAGCGUACCCUUAAAGCAUCUAACAAACACUAACUUUUCCUAAUAUAAUAAACUAUUUAUUUUUGUAUACUUUUAUCACUUCUUCAGUAAGAAUACCAAUUACAGUCUGGUCUUUCUGGUCUUUCAACUAAUAUGUUUCGUUUCAAGCUUUUGGAGAUUAAACUGCCAAUGAGUAGGGUUAACAGAAUCAAGUCAUGUUAUUGUACUUAGCAUUCGGAAUGUAUUGCAUUUAAGGUCGGUAUUAGGCUGGCUCAUAUGAAAUGUAUCUCAAUCCAAUAUUUAUAUGUGUUGCUUUGGUUGUGUUACUUAUUUCUAUUUUAUUGUAUUUGAGAUUUAUUUUGUAUAUUAAUGAUGUAAUAAAUGGCUAAAUUCAGUAA